AUGUCCAGAAGAUACGAUUCAAGAACGACUAUCUUCUCCCCAGAAGGACGUCUUUACCAAGUCGAAUAUGCUCUUGAAGCUAUCUCUCACGCAGGAACCGCAUUAGGGAUCCUGGCAAAGGAUGGAAUUGUAUUGGCUGCAGAAAGAAAGGUUACUAGCAAGCUAUUGGAGCAAGAUACUUCGGCCGAGAAGCUCUACAUUUUGAACGACAACAUGAUUUGCGCAGUAGCAGGUAUGACAGCUGAUGCUAACAUCCUCAUCAACUAUGCCCGCCAAGCCGCUCAACGAUACCUCCUUACCUAUAAUGAAGACAUUCCUUGCGAACAGCUCGUGCGUCGAUUAUGCGAUUUGAAGCAAGGUUAUACUCAGCAUGGUGGUCUUCGUCCUUUUGGUGUUUCAUUCAUCUAUGCAGGUUACGAUCCACAGAGGGAGUUCCAACUUUACCAAAGUAAUCCUAGUGGUAACUAUGGAGGAUGGAAGGCUACGAGUGUUGGUGCAAACAAUGCUAGUGCGCAGAGUUUGUUGAAGCAGGAUUACAAGGAGGACUGUGAUCUAAAGGAGGCUUGUGGAAUGGCGGUCAAGGUGUUGAGCAAAACCAUGGAUUCUACGAAGUUGAGCAGCGAGAAGAUUGAGUUUGCUACAGUAGGAAAGAACAAGGAUGGCACAAUUUACCACCACCUCUGGGGUGCGGAUGAGAUUACGACUUUAUUGAAGGAACAUGAUUUGGCUAGAGAUGAGACUGGCGCAGACGGAGAUCGAAUAACCAGCUAG